CCCCACCGAUCCAGUUGUCACAAUUUGCUUUUGUUCAAGCAACAAAAAGCCAAAAGGCAUCAAAAAUUGUUCGAAUGUUGAGAAAACCUUUUUUGGCGAAGCUCACUUAAGCCCAUUUAAAUGUCUGACCAGCGAUCCCGACGCGUUCGUCGUCCGGCAGCGGAAAUAGUCCGCGAACUGAGGAACCUUCGGGCUAAGCCUCUGCGGAUCGACGACGAGAACGAGACGUGGGUGAAUGGCUACGAGAAGCCAGCCACUCCAGAUCUGCCGGUGACCAGUCGCGAUCAGUUGGAGCUGCUACGUCUGAGCCGCCAUCGAAUCGGCAUGCUCCUGGUUCGGCCCGCCUUCGAGCAGGCCGUCACUGGGUGCUUUGUCCGCGUAAACGUCAGUGGGCAGGGAGAGUUGCCUGAUCAUCGGAUCGCCGAGGUGCUGGGCAUCUGCGAACUGGACUUUGGCUACAAAGUGGAGCAGAUACCCACGAAUGUGGCGCUGCGACUGCGCUACGAGGACCUGGAGAUGCAGCACGAGAUCAACGAUGUCUCCAACUUGGCCUUCACCCAGGAGGAAUUCGAACUGUGGCGCGAUAACUGCGUUAACCAGGCCAUAAGUCCACCCACCACCCACACGCUGACGCGCAAGAAGGUCGAGCUGUAUAACGCGCUGCAGUUGGAGGCCAAGCCUUUAAGCCUGAUCCAAAGGAGCUUCUCCUUCGCCCUGAGGCCCCCGGAGAAAGUCGGCAUCAUGGAGCGGCAUGGCGCUGCUUAUCCCUGGCAAUUGAGUCAUCCGCUCCCGUUCGUUUCGCAACCGCCGCCGGAAAAUCCAGCGAGGGGAAAAACGGAUACCGUAGCCGAGGAGGAAGAUCCGGGGGCAGCUGCUCCAUUAUUACCAAAAUCUGAACCAAAUUAAUAGGCAAUUGUUAAUUUUUGAACAUUUAUUCAGCAAGGAUAAUGGCAACUGGUGGAACUUUUAAUGGCUUGUUAUCAUAAAUAAUUACAGUCAUAAUUGUUGUGCGAAUUUUUGGACUUAAAAUGUGUUAAAAUGUAAUCCCUCGAACUGGUUGAAAUAUAAUGAACACAAGUGAAUUUAUUCUAUAUGAA